AUGGAUAUAAAUCAGGAGUACGAUAAGAUUCUCAAGGAGUUCUCUUUGGUUGAGCAGUCUAGUCUCAGACAGGACUCGAAAGAGUAUCAGGAACAGUUGACCAAAUGCUUAGCCCAUGGUUUGAACUUCAAGACAUUCAUACAGACGAAAUCAGCACUUUUCAGCUCUAACGAGACCCUUGAUGAUCUGUCUACGAGGUCGUUGCGGUUCCUCUCGCUUGACUAUUACUUAGCUCAAAUGAUGUCCCGCAAACAGGCGGUUGUUUCAAGGAAUGGAGGUGGACCUGGGGGGGCUGGGGCUGAGUCCGGAUCAAUCCCGAUGGCUACCAAUGAUAGGAAUAUCCUUCGUUUGAAGUUUCUACAGAAGGUGGUGCAGUUACUCGUGCAGUUCCUCAUCUCUUUGCAGGAUUAUGGUAUUCUCCAGGAGUCUCUCUCGAAGAAGCUUGACAAGUUUGAGUCUACGUAUCAGCCAAAGCUGAACGAAUUGUACGCCUCUUCAAAGGAUGACGAGCUCAAGGACGCCACGUUGAAAAGACAGGAAAAGAUCGAGAUGUAUAGGUCCAACAAGGAGUUGGAAGCUCAAAUCAAAAUAUUGGAGAGUAAACUCAGGGAUAAUGGAGAUGAUGACGGUGAUAACAAUACAGAUGAUGAGGAAACGUUACGGACUUUGACUUUGACAAAAUUAAAACAAUUAGCAUCACAAAGUUGGAAUCAGUUGGAACAGAUCCUCAUGGAAAUAGAUCUCUUGCAAAACUUCACUGCAUCCGCGCCUCAAUUGGAAUCCAAUAGGCCAGAAAAUAAUAGCCAAACCGAAGAUGCAGGUAAAGAGGAUCCUACAGGAUAUACUGAUAAAUUGGAGUCUUUGAACAAACCGUUGAUAUCGAAAUCAGGAAAAGUCCUUAGAAACUUUACUUUGUUAGACAAGAAAGACCAGCUCAAAAGCAAGGUUUUCGGUUAUGGACAAUACGGACCAACCAUGACCGUCGAAGAGUUCUUGGCUAAAGAAUUUGAAGAAAAUAGGGUCCUACAAGGUGGGCCAGAAGAUGUCGAAGAAGAACCAGAUGAGGAUGAUGAAGAGGCUAAUGAUCGGGCCACUUACAAAGCAAGAGCAUGGGAUGAAUUCGUAGAAGCAAAUCCUAAAGGCAGUGGUAACACCAUGAAUAGAGGUUAA